AUGGCUAACACUGAUAUAAUACAAUCAAGAGAUUUUACAAAACUUUCUUAUGUAGAAAGUCAUGACUCUAUUGUAGGUAGAAUAAACGAACAAAAACAAUUUAUCAUUCCAACAAAUGAUAUUUCAAAACAACAACAACAACAACAACAAGAAGUUGUUCAAAAAAAAUAUUUUUUAAAUGAAUCAGAAUCAUUAAAACAAGUUAGAAUUCGUAGUCUUUCUCAUUGGCCACAUUUUACACCAAGUUGUGAAUCAAUGAUAUCUGCUGGUUGGUUUUCAUGUAAUGUUAAUGAUCGAGUUAUUUGUAUAUAUUGCAAUACAAUAUGUCAUGGAUGGACAAUAAAUGAUAAUCCAAUUGAAGUUCAUAGAAGACUUGCUCCACAAUGUCCAUUUAUUCUUUCAAUGCCUUCAAUAGAACAUUUACCAAAAAUUAUUAAUGAUAUUUUUAAUGAAAAAUUUGAGCCAACUCAUCCAACAAUGGCCGAAAUAUCUCGUCGAGAAGCAACAUUUUCAAAUGCUGCUUGGUCUGAAAGUUCACCAAAUAUUGAAGAUUUAGUUCGUGCAGGAUUCUUUUUUAGUGGUAUUAAAAAUACAGUAACAUGUUUUUAUUGUAAUGGAUCAUUACAUAAAUGGGGUGCAGAUGAUAAUCCAAUGAUUGAACAUGCUCGAUGGUUUUCACAAUGUACUUAUGCUAAACAUUUAUGUGGAGAUGAAUUAUAUAAAAAAAUUCAAUUAUCAAAAAAACGAAUUCUAAUAGAAAAUAAAAUACAUCAAAAUGAACUUAGUCAAUUAGUUGCAGCAAGAAUUGAUUUACCUGUUGUUGAACGUCUUCGUUCUCAAUAUCGAUUGCCAAUAAUUAAACGUUGUAUUGAAGAUCAAUUAAGAAUUAAACAAGAUGAUUUUGUAACAGAUGUUGAUUUAUCAACAGCUUGUCUUAUUCUUCAAAAACAAAUUGAUCAUAUUAAAGGUUGUCAAGAUAAAAUAAUAGUUCCAUCAAAACAUCAACAAUUAGAAACUUCAUCUUUAUCAUCAAAACAAUCACUUGGUGAAUGUCUAAUAUGUCUUACAGAAGAGAAACAAUUAGCAUGUAUGCCUUGUGGACAUUUAUGUGCUUGUGUUCCUUGUGGAUAUGCACUUAAGUCAUGUCCUGUUUGUCGACAAAAAAUUCAAAGUUUUAUGAGAAUUAAUACUUAA